ACGUACACAGGCAAGGCAAUGGUAAACGAAUGCAGAGGAUAUUUUCUCGCUAAAGUGAUGGUUACAAGAAAAACUGAACUAAAAGAUGUAUUCAAAGCAUAUCGCACUGUUUUUGAGAUCAAUAUUGAAAUAACUCUUCACACUAGUUCACGUGUUACUCAGCAAACAGAUUUACAUUGGUUGAAAAUAACUGAUAUUUAUCAAUUUUUAAUUCAAUCUAGAUCACGUUAUGAAUCAUCGUACUCACCAUCUCCAUCUGAAGUGGAAGAAUUACCUUCACUAGCAACUGAUUCAGUAUUUAAUAAUGACAACUAUGAAAGGGAUGUUUCUCAAUUAUCUGAUGAAGAAAAAGAAAAGCUAAUAAUAGAAGAUCAAAAUAAUGUUGUCUCUCCUUUGCGUGCGAUCAGUACAAUUAGUACCGUCAAUGAGAUAGAAGUGAAAUCAACCUGUAACGAUAAUGACAAAGAAUCAUCAUUGUCUCCUCCUAAUCAGGAACUAGAAGACACAAAAAUGAUUCCUCUGAUAAUUGUAAAUGAGGUAAAUGAACAAGUUAUAGAAAUGAUAAAUCAUAGAGAUAUCAUGACUGAUAUAAAAAUGAUGCGUGACAGAUAUCUAAGAAUACGUCGGGAUCUAUGUGACUAUUCUUCACAGAAGGAUUGGUUUAUUGAAAACUACAAUAUUUCAAAUGGAUUUCGCAAAUAUCAAAUUAGUAAUAUUGACAAACUAGUAGCUGGCGAAACUUUUAACUUUGCAUCAAGCAGUAAGGUGAUCUUAUUUCUUCACAAUAUCAUGUUUAUUGACUCAACAACAAUGAAAAAACCUUUGUACUUAAAUAUAGAUGAUGAACGAAAAUGGCGUAUUUCUAUAUGUCAGCCAAGACAACAAACUUCACCCAGUUUUCUCAGAGAAAUAAUGGACGAAUAUGAAGCG